AUUGGCCCAGUAACCGGCAAUCAGUUCACAGCCAACGCUCUAGGUGAGAACUAAACACCUUUUUCAAACCAACUACCAAACAAACAAUACAAAAUCGACAAAUAUGAAAUUCUUCGCUGUUGCUGUUUUACUAGCCUUGGUCGCCGUCGCUGCUGCGCAAGAGAGCGUCGGCACGUUGACCGAGGAGCAGAUACAAAAGGCCCGUACUUUGACCACUGAGUGCUUGAAGGAAACCGGUGCAGCCGAGGAGGCGAUUCGUGCCCUCAUCAGAGGCGAUGACAGCCAAGUCGAUGGCAAAGUCAAAUGCUAUGCCAAGUGCACGCUGGGUAAAUUGGGCUAUGUAGAGAAUGGUAAGGUCAAUGAGAAAAACGUACAGAACUUUUUGGGCAAAUUGAUCGGCGAGGAUAAAGCUAAGGCUAUUCAAGCUAAGUGCAAUGGCUUGAAGGGCACCGACGAAUGUGACACCGCCUACCAAAUUCGCCAAUGUUAUGCAGCUGACUACCACUUCAUUUCUUAAAUGGCAUAGAUUAUUAUUAUUUAUAAAAAAAUUUACUAAGAUUAAUUCUCUUAAGACACUUUUAUAAGUUGCAAAUAAAAUUUACGCACUUUUCUUGUUUGUUUAAAGUUAAA